CAAGUCCAGCUUGAGUGCUUCACCUCAUCCAGCAGACUCUCCAUUCAUUCAUCCAGUCAAACACAGCAGCCAAUAUGACUACCUCUCGCUUUUGUAUUUUCUCGACAGUGGUGGUGCUUCUGGCCGCAAUUACGCUCAGUGAAGGUUUGCGUAUUGGAGCAAAGAAAUGCUGUUAUACCUUUAUGGACCGUCCCUUGCCAGCCAAACAUGUGGUUGAGUACAGUAUGACAAGCCAGCAGUGCCCCACUGAAGCCGUGCUCUUUAAGACAGUUAAAGGGCGUCUGGUGUGUGCCAGACCCACUGACUCAUGGGUUCAGGAGAACAUCCAGACUAUUAAAAGCAGGCGCAUCAGUGCCCAGGUGAAUUUGUAACCAUGGUGACCUGCAUCCUCUGCUUUCUGAACUCGUUUGAAAGCUCCCAAGAGUGAAGCCAGGAAACAGCUACUUGAAAGAAUAAAAAAAAAUACCUGCACUCACCGACAAAUGCAUUGUCACUAAUUGAUCAGCACACUGAAGCUAUGGGUUAAAUCCCGAAUGUGUUUUUGGUUUCUUUUUCCCAUUGUUUGAAUGUUAUAUUUUUGACUCAUCUUUUAUUUGUCUUACUAAUGUAUUUCUAAAGAGUGUGUUCACUGCUGAUACAUUAUUGCAGACUAUUGACUUGAAGAAUUACAAUUAUAUCCUCUAGCUCUGUGUAUACAAUACAUAAUAGAAAAAAAGAUAUGAUUCUGAUUAUUUUUAUAUUGUGUCAUUAAAGGAUAAACAAGGAUAAAUAAGGGGGUGUUUGCUGUAUUUUAUGUAACUUUAAUGUUUUUUGCC